UUCUCUCUUUAAAAUGUUAAGACCAGUUCUCUUGUGUAUUGUCCUACUCCACUGCUUUAACAUAUCUUCAGCUAAUGAUGAGGAAUCAUCCUCUUGUCAGGCAGCUACUUUAUCUUGUGAGGAUAUUAAGAAUUAUUGGCCAGAGAGUUCAUCAGGAUAUUAUAAUAUAAUAGGCAAAGGAAAUGUAUUUUGUAAUAUGGAGAUGCUACAGGAAUCUAUAGUCAAUCCAUCCAGCAUUCAACCAACAGAGACUGUAUUAACCAGCAGUGAAUUGACAGACAGCUCCUCCACUAUCCAACCAACUGAGAUACUUUUUACCAGCACUCAACCAACAGAGACUGUAUUAACCAGCAGUGAAUCGACAGACAGGUCCUCCACUGUCCAACCAACUGAGAUACUUUCUACCAGUAGUCUACCAAUAGAAACUGUAUUAACCAGCAGUGAAUUCAUAGCAGCUUCUCCACUGUCCAACCAACUGAGAUACUUUCUACCAGUAGUCUACCAAUAG